AUGCAACAACUCUUCGCUGCCGACGACAAGUUCCCGAGCGUUGUGGCAGCGCUGGAGGCACGUGGGUGGCGGCGACUCCCGUUCGUUGGCUGCCCCAAGUUUGACCUCAAGUGGACUAACUACUCCAAGAUCUCGUGGUGGCGUGUGACGCCCCAGCAGAUCGUCAGCCACCUGCAAAACUCAAUUACCCUAUCGCAGAAGGAUCAACUCUUGCGGUUGCUGUACGCACGAGGCAAUGAAGAGCAGAUACAAGUAGAUCGAUGCUUCCCACGGACGUUCGAUCUGAGUCAGCCACAAGAGCGUCGGCUGCUUAAGUUCUGGUUCCACUACAGCCAAGCGGUUGCUGUGCUUUUAGAAACUCUAAGAAAUGGUGUGAAGGUUGACGCAGAGCAAGUGGAAGCUGCAAUAAAGUUGGUCAAAACUGCUAUUAGUAAUCACACGACAGCUGAAGAGAGACGGGAGAUUGAGGGCGUUUUGAGUGAGCUGGAGCGAAGAGAUCCGCAAUUCCACGUGGUCGGCAAUGUGUGGAUCUGUAAGCCGUCGAAUCUGUCCCAAGGACGAGGCAUCGUUCUGUGUAGCUCGUUUGAAGAGAUAGAGAAGAUCACCUCGUCUAGUGGUGAGCAAGACGAUCAGGGGACGGAGACAACUUCUUCGCAGAUCAAGUGGAUCGUGCAAAAGUACAUCGAACGACCGUUGCUAUUGCAAAAUGACCGAAAGUUUGAUAUCCGCCAGUGGGUGCUGAUUACCGAGCUCGAGCCAAAGCCAACGGUGUUCUGGUUCUACAAAAGCUACUUGCGUUUCUGCUCUCGUAGGUAUGAGUUGACCCGACUGCAAGAUCGGUUCACACACCUCAGCAACUUCUCGCCCAUGUGGUCAUCGGACCAGUUCCGAGAUACGCUGAGACAGAAACACGGAAGAGAUGUCUGGGAGGAAACAAUCCUUCCCCAGAUGCACAACACUGCGCGGUUGACCCUAGACGCCGCUCUGCCAAAGCUCAAGGCCGUUGGGCGAGGCUUCGAGUGGCUGGGCUUCGACUUUCUUGUAGACGAACACCACCACUCACUGCUGAACUGGUACCCAAGGCUACAACCGACUUGUUGA